ACUGUCAAACAAAACGGAAAUGAAGAUCACUGAACAUAAACGCAGUAUUGUGUAGUGCAGCUCCAGAGAUAGCAGACGUGGCGGAUAUAGGGACGGAGACGAUACUCCCCCUUCUUCAUUAAUGUGAUAUAUAUUUUCAAUGGGGGAUUACGGACUUUCUCUGGCUUCGAAUUUAAGUGGAAUACAAGCUAAACUCCAAAACAAGUUGCAGUUUUCAUCGGAAUCUUCACCAUCAACACGUACGAUGCAAGAUGAGAUAAAUGACAGAUCAGUGAAUAAACAGCUGCAGCAAUCAGAUAAGUCUAAUAAUAAUUCAAGUAAUCAAAAUGGAGAUUUAAAUAGAUUAUCUAAAAGUGAAAAUUCGAAUAUACACUUCCCAUUAAUCGACGAGAAACGAUUAAGUAAUCCACUCCAAGGGCUGGACCAGCCAUCUACGUCAACAGCUGUCAUUACUUCACAUUCCACAACUGACACGGGAUUAUGGUCAAACUCCACUGCCGAUGACUCUUAUUUACAAGGAUAUCAAUCACUGAAUGGCACUGUUGCUUUUCAACAGUUUCCUCCAGCCCCAAACAGUAUCUACAGUAGUGGAAUUUCAUCCCAUAUGGGAGUAAAUCAUAUGCCACAGAAUCCCCAGAGGAGAGCCAUUACUGCUCAACAUAACUUUCAGAAUCAGAGACCCCAACCAAGCAUGUUAUUAAAUAGUAAUGCCAAACCAUUCUCAAGUAAUUGGAGUACACAACAACAACAGUGGUCAACACAGAACCAGCCUCCAACAAUGGCAUCCUGGAAUAGUAUGACCCAACCAGGUCAAAGAAGGUCAAUGCCAAAUAUGAACCCAUUUUUGAAAAAGAGCAGCAUUUCACAGCAAUUUUCAAAUCAAACAUUUCUUGCCCCAUCAAAGUUCCGUCGCAGCACUUCAUUCCCAGGUCAGAUGCACCAAGCUACGAUGAUGAAACCCAACUUUGAUCACAUGUCUGCUAUUGAUGAUCUUCAGAGAGACAGCGUACUUAAUUACCAGGAUCGCACCAGUUCUCUAGACAGUAUGAAAUUUUCUGCAUUUGAAAGUCAACUGUUAGACAUUAUGAAAUCUACUGGUGACAACAAUGAUAUGCUUAAAGGUAAACAGAUUUAUGGCUUCCCUGACAGAAAUUUAAUGUUGGAUGAUGAUUCUCUGGACCAGACAGUGGCAAGCCUUACUGCCAGGGGUUCUCCACAGGGGGAGAGAAUUGAACGCUUCUCACGCAAAGUGUUUGUUGGAGGCCUUCCCCCAGAUAUUGAUGAAGAGGAGAUUACAGCAGCAUUUAGAAGAUUUGGUCCUCUUGUAGUUGACUGGCCCCACAAGGCUGAAAGUAAAUCAUAUUUUCCACCAAAAGGUUACUGUUUCCUGCUUUUUCAAGACGAGAUGUCUGUACAAGCUUUGGUGGAAUCUUGUAUCCUUGAUGAUGACAAACUGUAUUGGUGUGUUUCUAGUCCAACAAUGAAAGACAAACCAGUACAGAUUAGACCAUGGACUUUGAGUGAUUCUGAUUUUGUUAUGGAUGGAUCACAACCACUUGACCCAAGAAAAACUAUCUUUGUUGGUGGAGUACCAAGACCACUUAGAGCUGUUGAAUUAGCAAUGAUAAUGGAUAGAUUAUAUGGAGGUGUUUGCUAUGCUGGAAUUGAUACUGACCCAGAACUGAAAUAUCCCAAGGGAGCAGGCAGAGUUGCUUUUUCCAAUCAGCAAAGUUAUAUUGCUGCCAUUAGUGCUAGAUUUGUCCAGUUACAGCAUGGAGAAAUUGACAAACGGGUUGAAGUAAAGCCAUAUGUUUUAGAUGACCAGAUGUGUGAUGAAUGUCACGGGGCCAGAUGUGGAGGAAAGUUUGCUCCAUUUUUCUGUGCUAAUGUGACUUGCCUACAGUACUACUGUGAGCAUUGCUGGGCUCAGAUCCAUUCCAGACCCGGGAGGGAGUUUCACAAACCACUUGUCAAAGAAGGAGCAGACAGACCACGAGCUGUACCCUUCCGUUGGUGCUGAAGGAAGAAAGUGCUGUUAUAGUGCUAGCUGUUGCAUCUUGACUUAACAACACAUGGACUAGCCGUGAUAUUAUUGUAAUUUAAAGUAGAUCAUGGCUUAAUAUAUUCACAGCUUUUUAGAAACUUUUCUGAAACAAUUUUUUUCUAGUUUUUCACAGAAGACUUUCUAGAAAGCUAUUUGUAUGUCCAUUUAUUUUUGCAACAGUGACAAAGGGUUUGUCUCAGUCUUGCCAAGUGGUUUUCACUUUCUCAAAAAGACUUACAUUUUUAGAAUAAGAAUUGAAAUUAAGUGUUCAGUCUAGUCACAUAUAAUAAAUUAAUAUAUUUUAAUAAUUAUUUGUUUUGAAUAAUUUCUUUAAAUAUUUUGAAGUUGAGGGAAUUGUUUUUUAAUUAUUCAGCAUUUUAACUUUGUAUUUUGAUGUUUAUAAGCAUUUUAUACUUUUUUGCGUCUGAAGUUAUUGCAUGCUGAUGUUAAUGAUGUAAUUAGAGAAAUUUUAUAACCUUUGCUGUUUUGUAUGAAUUUUUACUGUGAUUUUAAGAAAGGGCCAGUGUAUAGAUAUGCUGUUGUGUAUACUGUAUAUUUCUGUUUGUCCAAUCAUUUGAGUGUAAAUCUUUUAUCAUCCUUUCAAUAAUAAAAACUAUUGGCCAAAUUAAUAAAAUAUGGUGCAAAAUAAAAUCUUCUAGUUAGAGUUUAAAAAUUCAAAAUUUUCAUUGCUAUAUAUUUCGUCAACACAAAUUUUUGUUACUUCAUUGCUCAUUAAAAAGGAAGAUAGAAUUUCUCUAAAGACUUUUUACUUGUUAUAACUUAUUCCUGUAAAUAUGUUAUAUUUAUUAUUGAAUUCCUCAAGAGUUUUAUAGUGUUUUUUUAUUUUAACCUGUACUCAGUUAUUUUGAGUAUUUAGCAAUAAUAUGGUUUAUUGUUUCAAAAUUAAUUGUGCUGUAUUUGUGGAAAAUUGUGAGAAAAAAGUGUUCAGGUAUUUGGUUUAUUUAAGUCUUCACUUGUUAAUAUUAGAUAAAAUCAGGAUAGAGACAAUAUUUUUUUCAGAAGGUGUAAAAUCAUGUAAAUUAAGUUUUUUAAGGUACAGAUAUUGUACUAAUUCUGUGCCUGGAACUAUAUGGUUGUGUAUUUAUUGAUUAUCGUUGUUCAUCUCAACGAGAUUGGUUUUCUCGCUUCAGCUGGUACGGCAAAAGUGAGAAAAGCAAUCGAGUUGAGAUGACCAAUAAUAAUCUGUUUAUCGCUAUUUUGCCUAUGACGACGUUGAUGUUUACAUUGACAAUGGCAUGUGCACCCUUAGUUUCUAGUGAUAAUUUUUCAUAUCACUCUACUGUGCUGAGAAAGGAAAUUAUCAGUCAGUAAGAUCAAAGGGAAUAUUUUGUAAAAUAGCGAUAAACCUUGUUAUAAAUAUCCUUAAGACGAUAUCAAAUGUUUCACUUCAGUGAGUUUUUUUGUGCGAAUAUAAGGAAACUUCCCAACUUUUUAGACUCGGCUGAUUCUGUGGAAUCAGAAAUGAUUUUUCUACUUUGAUGAUAUGAAUAGAAAUCUUGUUAGUAAUUUCAUGGAACAAAAAAUGCUACUGAAGUAAAAUUGAUGAUAUUUCCUCUAUCUGGUAAUUUAUUUUCCUCGUAUUUUAUUAUUUAUGGUUUCCAGUGCUAUAUGUUGGUGUUUAUUUACCUGACCUCACGAUUGAACAUGUAAAUCUAGUCUAUAAUCAUAUGUACUAAAACUUUAUAUUCCUCUAUUAUUGGAAAGGAAAUACUUUUACAUUUAUUAAGUAUACUUCAUUUUUAGAAUUGUGCAGUCGAGAAAAACGUAUUAUUUAAUUAUUACUUUAAAAAAACUCAAAAUUACCUUUUCCAGUUUAAAAAUCCUGUUAGAAUUUUUUUUUCAAAAGCCCUUUAAACAUACAUUUUACCAACAUUUUUGAUUGGAUUUUCACUUAAAACUUUCAUUUUUAAAAGGAUGAAUACUCAAUAGAAUUUUGUAGGAUAAUUACAUGGCAAUUCAGAUUCAAUAUUUCACCCGUUGGCAGGAUAAAAAUUAAUAUUUUAUUUUCUAAUUUUUUUUCAUUUAUGAAAUGUACUUUUUCAAUGUGGCGGCUUAAUAUUUUUAAAUGCAGGAAGUGCAUAUAAAAAAAAACUAAAAAAAAUUGACACUACUUUUGAUGCUGAAAUGAUUAAAACAUAUCAUAUUUUACCCUGCCUUGUCAGCAUUGGUUUUAGCUGUUUGUGACUUUUUAUAUUGGAAUGAUGUAAUGACAUAUUCAUUUUAAGUAAUACUUUUUUAUGGGAGAAAAAUGGAUGUUUGGUCACAUUUUCUUGUAAUUUUAUCAUUUAGAGCUCUUUUUUUUACCAUCAAUAAAAUUCCAAAUACUAUGAAAAGUUGACAUGAAACUAAUUGUACAGUGAAGACCACACAGUUUCCCUGUUAUCCUGAUAAAAUCUAUUCAGAUUUGUAUAGUACUUAUUUAAAAAGAACUGAUAUCUUGAAAUAUCUCAUUUGCUCAUACUGAACUUACAGAUAAAACUUGGUAUUUUUGAGCUGUCAAGAGAUUAAAUCAGUUUUGUGUACAAAUUCAUUUUAAUUUAAAAAGGAAACUUUUUUUGUAAUAAAUCAGUACUACAACAAUGUGACUAAAUAUUGGUAGGUUGGGUUGCAAGAAAAUACAGGUACAGUGUGUUCGCUAUAAAUGAGCUUAUUCAUUGCCUUUUUGUACAAAAAUGAAAUUUGACUUUUAUAUUUUAUUCAUUGAAUUUUUAUAAGACAUAACAUACUGGCCAAAGUGUUUUAGAAGUAUAUUUUGAAUACCUUGAACAGCAAUCAAACUUAAUGUUGUCUUUUUAAUAUUCAUUUGGUGUAAUUACUUUUAAUAUUUAUGUCAAAAUUGUGGAUUUAUAUGCAAAGCUUAAUACAGAGAAAAAUCAUAUUGCUGAAUCUUUUGAAUUUUACAUCUUUCAUUUCAAACAUUAUAUGAGCUUAGUAGAAAAAUAUACAAAAUAUAACAUCUUACAUAUCCUUUUUCAGAUGCUUUUGUUUAAUGGUAUUAUUAAUACAUGCAUGUAUUUUUAGCCUUAGUUUUAAAAAGGAUGUAAAAAAUUAUAAUUAAUUCAAUCUUUGAUAAUAUAUAUCUAUAUACGUAUUCAUUUAAUUUUUCAAAUAUAAUAGCUGUUAAUGAUGCCACAUUGUUAAAUAUGAAACUUGAAAGAAAAAAAAAUUUUUUAUUAAUAAAACAACAAAAGAUUAACACAGAUUUUAUGCAGGGAUUGUUUUUGUUAGUGUUCUAGUAGCUCCAUAUUCCAUUUCUGUGAUCACAGAAAUUUCAAUAAAAGGUUAGAGUAUAUAUUUUGUUUACGGUGCUAUUGUUUUUAUAUAAAGAUGCCUAAUUUAUAUUUUUUAUUCCUUUGUUACUGAUGUAUUUAUUUGUAUUAACCAGACACCUCUCAAAAACAAUGAUUACUGUGAUCAUUCUGGUUACUGUAUACUGGUGAACUGUUAGCUGUGAUGGUUGUCAUGGUGAAGGAAGUGUUGCCAUGGUGACCAUAUGACAGUGUUGUCAUGGUGAUUAUAGUUGUUUCAUGGUUUACAUAUGGUGUGUAAUAUUUAUUCACUGUAUGUUAAAAAUGAUGGCUUAGUGUAAGUUAUAGACGUGCAAGAAAUGGACAGGACCUUUCACAGAGGUUGACACCAAAUCUUUUAUAUAGCAUGAAGAAAAACUUUUUCUAAACUUUUGUACUGUACUCGAGAUAAUUCCAUUUCAUAAUCGUUUUGUUAUUUUUAUAUUAUUUGUAUCUAAGAUGCACAAUAUUUAUGACUAAUUAAAUUGCUAUUGGUGAAUUUAAACUUGCUCAUGAAAGAAAUUUCAGACAAUGUUUAUGCAAUUGUUAGGGGGAAAAAAAUCAGUUUCAUCUUUGACUUCUUUUUAUUUCCUCCUUUUUUCUAUGAGUAAUCAUGAUAAUAAAAAAGAUUUUGGGAAGUCAGCUUUAAAACUUUGUUUAUUAAACAAGUUUAAAUAUAAUGAAGAAAGCUGUCCCUUAUUUUUCAUACACUAGUCAACACAGAAUGUGGACUAUAGAAGCUUCAAAUUAAAAUCUAUGCACAAAGUAUAUGAACAUCAAACCUUAUUUUAUACAAGUUUAUUCUGUAAUAAUAUUGUAGCAUUUCAAAAUAAAAUUAUUUGUUAGUGUAAAUUUCAAGAGAAUUUUCAUUUAGGAGAAAUUUGUGCGAAGAUUGCCUUUGUUUUUUCUUGUAUUCUCAAGUUGUUAUAAAAAAAAAGGCUAACUAUACCAAUGACAAAAAAAUUGACUGUGCUUCCUUGUAAAUACUUUCAAGGAUUUUGUAUGACUGAACAAACAAAAAAAAAGCUAUUUUUUCAUAUUGAUUCUGAUGUUAUUCCUGUUUUUUUUAUUGUUUAUUGAUGUAAAUAUCUGGUUGUUGUUUCUAUUUAUUGAAAGUUGUUAAGUAGAUAUUUCUCUGUAAACUCUGUGUUAUUUAAAGCUUAAAAUGUUAGUCAAUGUUUUGUCUAUGCAUGAAGUAAACUCAUUAUACUACUACUACUGUCUUUAGAUUGUCUUCGUUCCAUAACUGUCAAAAGAAAAGGCAGGAAAAACACUUUUAAUUAAGUUCUUUGGUGCCAGGCAAACUGAUGAAUAUAUUGAGAAGUAGUAUAAUGAGCUUUACACAUUUUAAAGAAAAUACAUGGUUCAAAUUAUCAGAUUUUUUUUAUUUGGUGAUUUAUUAGGAAGGGAAAUAGUUAUGUACACUAAACUACUAAAUUGGCCAGAUACAAAAGAAUUUGAAAUAAAUAAUAGUUGAGCAUACAAUUGCCUGAACAAGCCAAAUGUGGGCAAGUUUUGAAGAGUUAAAAUGGCCACCUCCAACAAUUGUCUGAAUAUAUUAAAAGCCAAUAGAAAUGAAACAUUGAAAGGAGAAAAAAUAUUUACCUGUUGCCAUACUAGUUUCAUAGCUAUAUUCAGUCCUUACUUCAGAGAGAUUAAAAUGGGUUUCCAAAGAAUUAUACAUUUCUGAAUUUUAAAUAAAAGAAUAGAAAAUACUAUUAAAAUUUAUAUAGUAGAUAUUUAUAUAUCAGAUUAAUUUAUUUAAUUGAAAAUUUCUCAGAUGGAGAUAUGUAUGUCUAUAUGUUUAGUAGUGUAGAAUAUAUUAUAAUUUUGUUAUGUUUUGUUAGUUACAGAGUUAAUAGUAAAUCUUGCCUUGGUUUUUUUACUGUUAUUUUUAUACCUUUUCAUUUGAUAAAUGUGAUAUUCCUUUUUAAUUAUUUGAUAUUUGUUACUACUUCAAUUAUAAGCAGAUACUGUAACAUUUCAGAAGCAGAUUUUCAGUUUUAGUCAUUUAUUUUUAAUAUCUUUAUUUUUGUAUUUUAUUUAUAUACUAUAGAAGUUAACUUUUUUUGUAUACAGUGUUUAUUUUGUCUGCAGCUGCAUGUUUAACUACACAUAGCUAAAAUUACCAUCAAAAUUGUCACAUAUUCAACAAUUGUCUUUGACAAUACAUGGGUACAUAUAACUAGAGUUUACCUGAUAGAAUAGCCUAGCUUACCAAUUUUUGAUAGCAAUAAUGAGUAUGAUUUUAAGAUAUUACUUGCUCUCUAUUGACCUUCUUAUAAUUGGAAUGCUCAAGCAUACAACCUGAAACUUAAUAGUAUGAAUUGAGAUCGACUUAGGUUAUAUUCUGGAAAACAUAAUAUUCAGAGUAAUUUCAAAGACAAGUUAAUAGAAAUGGCAAAGUUUUGACAAAGGUUGUAUUGAAAUGAAAUGUAAUAAUGUGACAAAUUUGGUGGUGAUUUUAACUAAAUUUAAGAAUUCUUACAUUUGAAAGAAAUUCAAGUAUUGUGAGGCAUAAUUUGUUUGAAUAUUUGGCAUUUUUGGUUUUUGUCUUACAAAAAGGACAGUCUCUCUAGAGUAGUGAGAAAUGAAUUUCUUAUAGUUGAAUAUAAGCAGAAACUUACUUUUAAGUGUAAGAAUAACGAACAGAUCACAUUUAGAUAAAAGUACACUUGUGUUGAUCUUUCUCUAGUCACUGGUUAUUCAUUAUUUUUUUGUUGUUUUAAAAACUUGUGUUAAAAGUAAACAUUUUAUGGAAGCUCUCAUCUUACAAAAAGUAUGACCUUUGGAAAUAAUUAAUUUAAAAAUUUAACUUUAUUAGCAGUUUGAAAUUUGUUUGAUUAUAUAAAAAAUUGAUUUUCAACCCUUUAUUUUAGAUUUUCCAUUUAUUGUCAAAUAGUUGUGGUAUGUUUUUAUCUAAUUUGAUAUUGGUACAUAUAGUCAUUUACCAAAUUUAGCUUGCCAGUAGAUAAAAUACACAGAUAUGUUUCAUUUUAAAUCACAUACAAACUUCCUAAGAAGUGGGUUUAUUUUCAGUAUAGAUUUGGGCUGAAGAAAAGUUGAUGCAAAUUAUUCUUAUUCUGCUAAUAUGAAUGUAUGUUUGCAAAAGAAAUUUAAUUCAAAAAAUUAAUAUUGGAAAAGAAGAGGAUUGAAAUUAAUUCCAGAUGUAUCAUUUUACAAUACUUAUAAGAGGUACAUGUACAAUCAGUUGUAUUUGUCAGAAUGAUAUUGAAAUAUGAUUUACAAGCUUUAUAAAAAAUAUAUACUCAGGAUAUGAAGUAGAACAAAAGUUCUAAAGCUUGUUGGCUUUUUGAGGGAAAUUAAAUUUAUUUAAUUUAAUGAAGUAGUAAGGUAAAUUUCAAUAGCAUGUAUAGGAUUUGGUGUGAUUUUUUUUUAAAUAGUCCAGCCCAAAGUUGAAGAACAUUUUGAUCUCAAUAUAUGUGUUUGUAUAUGAAAAGCAAAAGGAAAAAUAUCUGUGUAAUUUUAUAUAAAUUAUCUCCACGGCUGUACAUUGUUUUAAACAGAAUCGGCUCAGUUGUCAAAUGUAAUCUCUCCUAAGUGCAAUAUUCAAAUAAAAAAGCAUAUUUUUGAUUGAAACAUGUAUUUUUACAAAAUCAUGUCACAUUUGUUAUUUAUCACGUGUAUAGAAAAAAAAAUCAAAUAGCUAUUUUCACAUGUUAUUUUACUACAAGUAGAUUUGUACGAGUUAAUAUUGUGAUGGUAGUUACCCAGUAUUAUGGUAUAUAUAUAUAUAUAUCAGAUAAAUUUUUCACAUUAUUUUUGGAAUUUUUUUGCUCUUGUGCUUGUUAGCCAUUUCACAUCAUAUUAGUACCUACCUUUCAGAUGUUUUUCAAGAACACCUUUUAUUUCUUUCAAAUAAUUUUUUUGUAUUUAUGGUUUGUACGUGUAAUACUCCCAGCUUGUUACCUCCUUUAUUAGAGUCCUAACUAAAAUCUUCAGAAAGAUUUAGGUAUCUCUUUUCAAAAGGUAAAAGUAACAUGCCAAGCACAGUUUCAUUUUAACUUCGAUUGUGUAUAGAAUUGAUAUAGAAACUGUCCUAUGCAGUAUACUGCUUAUUGACAGCUACCAAGGGAAGUGACAUAUAAACAGGUAAUACAGAAUUUUAUUAAAAGUUGAAAUUUUGCUUAAGUUUAUGCAGAUAACAAAAAUUGCUUACAUUUAUAUGAACAUAUAAAAAAAAUA